AUCGUCCUGAAGUCAUACCAAAGAACAACCUUGGCAGGAGAACAUCAAACCGAUUGAUCUGAGGGUCGGUUCCAAUCCACACACGUGCGUAGUUCAAAGUGUCGCUUAUCGUACCGAGUGCCGUUAAAGUGAAUACGCGUUUCCUAAUCAGUGCAGUGUAGCGUUCUAUCUAAAUCAGCGAAUCAUGAUUUCGAAGGUACUGCUGGUGGCCUCUUUGGUGGCAGCAUCUGUCGCUGCACCAGUGUAUGGACCACUCUCCUACGGACCGGCACUAUCAUACGGAUAUGCGGCGAAAGCCAUUCAACCACUGCAUACGGUCGCGGCCGCUCCAGUAUUUCAUGCACCUGCCGUCGUAGCUGCAGCACCGAUCCUAAAACACGUCGAAGCCUACGAUCCUAACCCGCACUACAGCUUCAGCUAUGGUGUAUCGGAUCCCCAUACCGGUGAUUCGAAACAUGCGGAAGAAACACUUUCGAACGGUGUCGUCCAUGGCAGUUACUCACUCACCGAACCGGACGGUACCAUCCGUAAGGUGACGUACACGGCCGACAAGAUCCACGGGUUCAAUGCCGUCGUCGAGAAGAGUGGCCAUGCCAUCCACACGGCACCGGUGCUGAAGAAGGUCGUCGCUGCGGCACCGUUGGUACAUGCUGCCCUACCGUACUAUCAUCAUUGACCGGGUAGACUAGCAUUUAGUAAAGUACACGAAUUGAAAAAAAAUGCUGUAGAUACACGCACAUUAGCAUUAGAUGUCAACCAAGGACGUACUGUUAGUAAUUGCAAUUACGACUAUUGAAGGUUAAUAAAAAAAUACACUCAUAAAAAAUACCAGUAUACAAAUAAAAUAGUACUAAUGCAUGCACCCGCCUAUUACGUGUAGAGCUCCACACCUUCUUGCAGGUCGACUUCAGAAGGAAAUGGAGCAAAACCGUUGAAUUCUUAGGUGGUGCGGUUAGCCAUUAAGUUGUCUGUUCCAUUGCAGGUGUUGUAGAAUAUUGGAACAAAAUGCUCUACACACGUUAUCUGUCCUCUUUCUUCUGAAUAAAAAAAGGUUUCACAGAUAAAAAUCCAAA